UGUCGGUCGUCGUCGAAACCAAUCAUCCCUCGCUCAUUGAUGAGGGCGCGGCUUUCCCUCCUACCUAUCCGCGCAAACUCAACGAAACGACUCAGACCCCCGUUCGCCUCAUCCUCGACGUCUCGCCUUCCUCACCUGCCAAUCGAGCGAGCACGACCGCCACCACUCGCACUCCUGCCCAUCUCCUCCCGCUCACUCUCACACGCGCGCAGCAUGUCCUCUGACGUAGAGAGCUCAUUUCAUGACAAUGCUGGGUCGGACUCAGACGACUACAUUCCCGCGCCUGCAAAGAAGGCAACGAAGGCAGCCCCUUCUGCUGCCAAGAAGGCUGCAGCAGCUCCUAAGAAGGCGCCCACAGCCAAGAAGGCGAGCGCGAGUGCGAGCGCCUCUGCCUCGACGAGCAAGGCUCCGCUGAAGAAGAGGAAGAGCAAUGAAGGCGAGGACGGGGACGCGGAUGGAGACCAUUCCAUGUCCCUCAUCGAGGCUGUAGAGGGCAGGGGGGCGGAGAAGAAGACGACCGCGAACGGGACGGCGAAGAGCGCGAGUGAGACGUAUCAGAAGCUCUCUCAACUCGAGCACGUCCUACUCCGCCCGGACACGUACAUUGGGAGCGUGGAGCAUCACACUGAUAGUCUUUGGGUCUACGACGCUGCGAGCCAGAAGAUGGCCUUUCGCGAAAUCUCGUACGUCCCCGGCUUCUACAAAAUCUUCGACGAGAUUCUUGUCAACGCGGCCGACAACAAGGUGCGCGACCCCACGAUGGACACGAUCAAGGUGACGAUCAACAAGGCCGAGGGCAGCAUCACAGUGUGGAACAAUGGGCGCGGAAUCCCCAUUGAGAUCCACGAGAAGGAGGGCAUCUACAUCCCCGAGCUCAUCUUCGGCAACCUCCUCACCUCGUCCAACUACGACGAUGCAGAGGACAAGGUGACGGGGGGGAGGAAUGGAUACGGCGCCAAGCUGGCCAACAUCUACUCUACCGAGUUCACCGUCGAGACUGCGGAUCGCAAGAGCGAGCAAAAGUACAAGCAGACAUUCCGCGCCAACAUGAGCGUCAAGGAGAAGCCCAAGAUUACCAAGAACGCCGGGGGGAAGCAGGAGUAUACGAGCAUCACGUUCAAGCCGGACCUGCCGCGCUUCAAGAUGGAGGCGAUCAGCGACGAUAUGGAGGCGCUGAUGAUGAAGCGUGUGUACGAUAUGGCCGGGACGGUCAAGGAUGUGAAAGUGCACCUGAAUGGGGAGAGACUCAAAGUCAAGGGGUUCAAGCAGUACGUCGAGAUGUACGUGAGCGCUCUGAAUGAGCUGACGGGGGGUGCCAAGGUGGAUGAGAAUGGCGACGUGGUCGAGGCGGUGCCCGCAAAGCAGACGAUCGUCUACGACUCGCACGUGGACAAGGGCAAGACCUGGGAGGUAGCCUUUGCCGUCUCGGACGGUCAAGCUCGUCAGGUCUCCUUCGUGAACAACAUCGCCACGAUCCAGGGUGGUCGCCACGUCGAGGUCAUCGAGAAGGCCAUCGUGGACAAGAUUGUCGAGAAUCUCACCAAGAACAAGAAGAAUGGGCCAGUCAAGACGACGCAGGUUAGGCAGCAGCUGUGGUUGUUUGUCAAUUGUCAGAUUGUGAACCCGACGUUUGAUGGGCAGACAAAGGAGAAGAUGACGCUUAAGCCUAGCGCGUUUGGGAGCAAGUGGACGUUGAGCGAGGAGUUUGCGCGCAAGAUCAUGAAAUCGGGCGUCGUCGAUAACGUCCUCUCGUUCGCCAAGUUCCAGCAAGAGAAGCAGCUCAAGACGACGGAUGGUCACAAACGCCAGCGCAUCACGGGCAUCACCAAGCUCGAAGACGCCAACAACGCCGGCACGCGCAAAGGGCGAGAGUGCACGCUCAUCCUCACCGAAGGAGACUCCGCGAAGGCCCUGGCCGUCUCUGGUCUCACCGAGGUUGGCCGCGACAACUACGGCGUGUUCCCUCUGCGAGGCAAGCUGCUCAACGUGCGCGAGGCGGGCCACGAUGCCAUCAUGAAGAACGUCGAGAUCACCAACAUCAAGACGAUCAUGGGCUUGCAGCAUGGGAAGACGUACCAGAGCGUCGACUCGCUGCGCUAUGGCCGUCUGAUGAUCAUGACUGAUCAGGACUACGAUGGAAGCCAUAUCAAGGGGUUGAUCAUCAAUUUCCUCGAUCACUUCUUUCCCUCGUUGCUCAAGCUGCCCAACUUUUUGAUCGAGUUUAUCACGCCGAUUGUCAAGUGUACGAAGGGCAAGCAGGAGAAGUCCUUUUUCACCAUUCCAGAGUACGAGCGGUGGAAGGAGGAGAAUCGUGAUGGCAAGGGGUGGGUCAUCAAGUACUUCAAGGGUCUGGGUACAUCCACCGCGCAAGACGCCAAGCGCUACUUCCGCGCCAUGGGCACUCACAUGCUCCCGUUCGAGACGACGCAGGAGGGAGACCGCGAGCUCAUCGAUCUCGCCUUUAACAAGAAGAAGGCAGACGACCGCAAGGAGUGGCUGCGCAACUUUAAGCCGGGCACGUACCUGGACCACAACAUCGACAAGGUCCCGCUGAGCGAUUUCAUCAACAAGGAGCUCAUCCUCUUCUCCAUGGCAGACAACGUCCGCUCGAUCCCGUCGAUGGUCGACGGCCUCAAGCCGGGCCAGCGCAAGGUCAUGUUCGGGUGCUUCAAGCGCAAGCUCAAGAACGAGAUCAAGGUUGUGCAGCUCGCGGGAUACGUGUCCGAGCACUCGGCCUACCAUCAUGGUGACACGAGCUUGACGCAGACGAUUGUGGGCCUUGCGCAGGACUACGUGGGGUCGAACAACGUCAAUCUGCUCUUGCCCAAUGGACAGUUCGGUACCCGCGGCAUGGGAGGCAAGGACGCAGCCUCGGCUCGUUACAUCUUCACGGCCCUCCCCUCGAUCACGCGCACCAUCUUCCAUCCCUCGGACGACGCCCUGCUCACCUACCUCAACGACGACGGGCAAAGCAUCGAGCCAGAGUGGUACAUGCCCACGCUCCCCAUGGUUCUCGUGAAUGGCGGAGAGGGCAUCGGCACGGGCUGGUCCUCGUUUGUGCCCAACUACAAUCCGCUGGACAUCGUCGCGAACCUGCAGCGUCGACUUCGCGGCGAGGACAUGGUCGCGAUGAAGCCGUGGUAUCGUGGCUUUACUGGCCCCAUCGAGGAGCAAGGCCCGGGUCGCUACAAGGUCUCUGGCAUCAUUAACCAAAUCGACGACUCGACGUGGGAGAUUACGGAGCUGCCCGUGCGCACGUGGACCUCGUCGUACAAGGAAGCGCUGGAGGAGCGCGUCGUAGGCUCGGACAAGGUCGUCCCGACGCUCAAGGAGUACAAGGAGUACCACACGGACACGACGGUGCACUUCCAGGUGAAGCUGACGGAGAAGGGGAUGCGCGAGAUCAGCGAGAAGGGGGCGGAGGCAUUCUUCAAGAUCUCGACGCAGAUUUCGACGUCCAACAUGGUGUUGUUUGACGCUGCGGGCAAGAUCAAGAAGUACUCGACGCCCGAGGAGAUCCUGGACGACUUUUACAUGCUACGCCUCGGCCACUACCAGCGCAGGAAGGAGCACCUCGUCGAGGAGCUCAAGACGGUGUACGAGCGGCUGAGCAACCAGGCGCGCUUCGUGCAGAUGAUCGUGGCCAAGACGUUGGUGGUCAACAACCGCAAGCGGGUCGAGCUCGUUGAGGAGCUGCGCAAGAAGGACUUCCGCCCGUUCCCCCGCACCAAACGCGCCAAGGUCGCAGGCGAAGUCAACGCAGACGAAGACGACGUCCUCGACGAGGGCGAAGACGACACGCCUGGCACGACCGACUUUGACUAUCUCCUCUCGAUGCCCAUCUACAACCUCACAAAGGAAAAGGUCGACCGCCUUCUCGCACAGCGCGACGAGCGAGAGCGCGAGCUCAGUGCGCUCCUUGGUCGCACGCCGCAGAAUCUUUGGGAGCAGGACUUGCACGAGUUUGUCGAGGAGUGGGAAAAGCUUCUCGCCGAGGAUGAGAGGCGAUUGAAGGACGUGGCGCGCAAGACGGGAGGCAAAAAGGCAGCCAAGAAGACGGGCGCUGCGGCGCGCAAGGUGAUCAAGGGGAGUGACGACGAGAUGUUCGAUGAUGAUAGCGACGACGACUUUAAGCCCGCACCCGCAGCGAAGGCCAAGGCUGCGGCACCCAAACGCACCGCCUCUGCCGCACUCGACGACGAUGACGCGAUCCUCGCCGGCCCUUCCAAGAAGGCAGCGCCCAAGAAGGCCCCUGCGAAGAAGCCGACGACCACCUCGCAGUCCAAACUGCCCUUCAAGAGCGAGGCGGCGGCGGACGACUCGGACGACUACAUCGUCGCGGCGGCGGCGGCGGCGCCCUCCAAGCCCAAGGCCAAGCCUCGCGCAGCGUCCACGAGUCGCAAGCCCGCGAAGAAGGCGGAAGACGAGGAUGAGGACGCCUCGAUGAUCGACCUGGGCAGCGACGUAGACGCCGAGUCUCCCAAGCCCCGAGCCAAGGCCGCCUCUCGCGCUGCCGCCUCUGCGAAGAAGAGCUACAAGUUUGCGGACAGCGAUGAGGAUGACGACUCGUUUAACCUGUAGACGCGCGCGCGAGACUCAAUGUGAUCGAUACCAUCUAGUGGGG